UUUGGUUUGUGUUGCUUCAACGAAGUUGCUGUCGAGGGUUGUAGACCGCAGACGGUGCACACCCAGCUGUUAGUUUUUUCCGUGCUUUCUGCGAUUCCGAACCGAUUCUUGGUGGUUUUUUGUUGUGUUCCGCGUCGUGACGUUUGAAGAAUCUUAUUUUUUGAGUGCCUGUGCGUGCCAUCGUGUGUUUUCGAAUAUAAUGAUAGAUCGGCGAUGUGAUGUCGUUUAGCUCCUAGAUAUGUAAAUGUGUAAAGUUACCAUCGAAUGAUUCCCGUUUGAUAUUUGUUGUGGUGCUAGUUACAGUGAUGUGUGUGUAGAAAAAAAAGACGUUUCACAAAGUACGGCCAAAUUGGGAGAAAUACGUGCGGUCGUGAUUCAUCGGGCAAGUGAGUGGGCAGUAUCAUCAACGAACGAACGCAAACGUAUAUGUGUGAAUGAGAACAUGGAAUAGUGUUCAUCUGAAAAUAAAACAAACACAAAAAUCAACCAAAACAAAAUCAGAAUUCUUACAACACCAACUCAAAGUUGGCCAGCUGACGAAUAUUCGCCGAUCGUAAUAAGUCGUUUUUCGUGAGUGAGAGCAGAAAAAAAACACCAAUCAAAGAAAAGAAGCACAACCACCAGCUCCGUAAUUAAAUUUUGGCAACACACAGCUCGACGAGACUGCAACAAGAUGGCACAGCAUCAAAACAGCCAAGAGGUCGGCGUGCAAGAUUUUGUACUGCUCGAUGUGGUCACCAAGGAAAGCUUCAUGGACAACCUGAAAAGGAGGUUCGGGGCCGGCAAAAUCUACACAUACAUCGGCGAGGUCUGCAUAUCGAUGAACCCGUACCGCGAAAUGAACAUUUACGGCCCGGACCAGAUUAGUCGGUACAAGGGCCGGGAGCUGUUCGAGAACACUCCGCACAUCUUUGCCAUCGCGGACGCGGCCUACCGUGUGCUGAAGCAGCGCAACCAGGACACCUGCAUCAUGAUCUCGGGGGAGUCCGGUGCCGGCAAAACCGAGGCGUCCAAGAUCAUCAUGAAGUACAUCGCCGCCGUCACCAACCAGGGCAAACAGAACGAGAUCGAACGGGUAAAGAAUGUCCUCAUCCAGAGCAACGCCAUCCUGGAAAGUUUCGGCAAUGCCAAAACCAACCGGAACGACAACAGCAGCCGCUUCGGCAAGUACAUGGACAUCGAAUUCGACUACAAGGGCGACCCGGUGGGUGGCGUGAUAACCAACUAUCUGCUGGAAAAGUCCCGCGUCAUUCAGCAGCAGAGCGGCGAGCGGAAUUUUCAUUGUUUUUACCAGCUGCUGCGAGGAGCCACAGACGGUGAACUGAAGCAGUACCAUUUGAGCAGGGAUCCCGUCCAUUACCAUUACACCAACCAGGGCAGCAUGGAGGUACUGGCGGAAAAAGCGGAUUACCGUGCUACCACCGCUGGACUGAAGGCGCUCGGUUUCACCGGCGACGAGUUGUCCAUGGUGUGGCGUACUGUGGCUGCCGUCCUGCACCUGGGAAACAUCGAGUUCCGAACCCAGGACGAGCAAAUCACGAUUAGCAACCGAAAGCAGCUGACCACAGUGGCCCACCUGCUGAACGUGACCGAGGACGAAAUGCGACGGUCGCUGACGGAAAGGGUCAUCGCAGCACGAGGUGAAAUCAUGACUAAAACUCACGAUACGACACAGGCAGAAUUUGGUCGGGACGCGCUGGCCAAAGCCAUAUACGACCGGCUCUUUACGUGGAUAAUUCAAAGGAUAAAUAAGGCCAUUGUGGUCCCCGGCGGAAACACACAGAAACGGUACAACCGAGUCAUCGGUGUGCUAGACAUUUACGGCUUUGAAAUAUUCGACCUCAACAGCUUCGAACAGUUUUGCAUCAAUUACUGUAAUGAGAAACUCCAACAGUUAUUUAUCGAACUGGUGCUCAAGCAGGAACAGGAAGAGUACCGUCGGGAGGGCAUCGAGUGGACCAACGUGGAGUACUUCAAUAAUCAGAUCAUUUGUGAACUGGUAGAGCAACCCCACAAGGGUGUGAUUUCGAUCAUGGACGAGGCGUGCUUGAACGUGGGUAAAAUUACCGACGAGAUGCUGCUGGACGCGAUGGACAAAAAGCUGUCCAACCACCCGCACUACAGCAGCCGUCAGCUGAAGCCGAUGGACAAAGAGUUGAAGCACCGGGAGGACUUCCGGAUCACGCAUUACGCGGGUGAUGUCAUCUACUGCGUCAACGGGUUCAUCGAGAAAAACCGUGACACGCUGUUCCAGGACUUUAAGCGCUUGCUGUACCAUUCCGGCGAUCGACUGAUCAGCACAAUGUGGCCCGAGGGCGCGCAGGACAUUUCCAAAACGACCAAACGUCCUCUAACGGCGGGAACGCUGUUCCAACGGUCAAUGGCCGAGCUGGUGGCGACACUGCUCAAAAAGGAACCGUUCUACGUGCGUUGCAUCAAGCCGAACGACAUCAAAAGUGCGUCGGUGUUCGACGACGUCCGCGUUGAACACCAGGUGCGCUACCUUGGCUUGCUGGAGAACGUCCGGGUUCGCCGGGCUGGAUUUGUACAUCGUCAACGGUACGACAAGUUCUUGCUGCGAUACAAGAUGAUUUCCCAGUACACGUGGCCCAACUUCCGUGGUGGGAGCGACCGUGACGGCGUCAAAGUUCUGCUCAACGAGAAAAACUUUAGCCAUGACGUCAAGUUUGGCAAGACGAAGAUCUUCAUCCGCUCGCCGCAGACGCUGUUCGCCCUGGAGAGGCAACGCAACGACAUGAUACCGCACAUUGUAACCUUGUUGCAGAAGCAGGUCCGUGGUUGGAUCUGCCGUCAGCAGUACAAGAAGAUGAAGGCCGCUCUGGUCAUUAUGCGUCAUUAUCGCAAGUACAAGCUAAAGAGCUACGUCCAGGAUUUGGCGAUGCGCUUCCGUAAUGCUCGCCAGCUGCGAGACUACGGCAAGGGCAUUCAGUGGCCCCAGCCACCACUUGUGGGUCGCGAAGCCGAAAAACAACUGCGCAUGUUGUUCUCACGUUGGCGCGCCUCGAUGAUCUUGCGCAAGUACCCACGGGACGAGUGGCCCCAGCUGCGGCUGCAGAUCAUCACGGCCAGUGCUUUGCGCAAACGGCGCAAGUUCUGGGGUCAGGAUCGCCGCUGGAUGGGCAACUAUCUGUCCAUCACGGCGGAAAACUCCAACUAUUCGUCGUACAACGCCAGUAUUAACAACAUCAAGAACACGGACAACUUCCGCGCGGUGCUGUUUUCGGCCUUUGUCAAGAAGUUCAACAAGUGCAACAAGUCCGCCGACCGGGCCAUCAUCGUCACCGACGGUGCCAUCUACAAGCUGGACGGGCCGAAGAACAAGUUCCGCAACAUGAAGCGAACCGUGGCCAUCAAAGAGAUCACCUCCAUCAGCGUCAGUCCCGGCCGGGACCAACUGGUGGUCUUCCAUUCACAUCACAACAACGACCUGGUCAUAGCCCUCCAGGGCGAACAUCAGCCGCUGAAGGAGGACCGCGUCGGCGAAAUUAUAGCGCACGUCAGCAAACGUCACUACGAAUUGACCCAGGCCGACCUACCGGUGAACGUUAGUCCCACGUUCCAGCUCCGGCUGGGCAACAAGAUGCGCACCCUCAGCGUGGAGGCCGUCGCCGGCGUCGAUUCGCCCGCGUUCGAACAUUCCGGUGCCGUUAUCGUGUUUAAGGUUCCUUCGUCGUACGCCAGUGCGAUCUAGUUUUAUUGGGUUUUUUUCGCUUCGUUUGUUUUUAUUUUCAUUCAAUUUGGGAACGGGUUUUUAAAACGACAAUCGUACUGACACAGUAUAAAAUUGACUCUUUUUGUUUCGCGUUAGGUGUUAAGUUUUACCGGAUUUAAUCCGAACCGAUUCAACCGAAAGUGCUUAAAUCGUUAGCAUGUAAGGAGUGCAGAGUGAGUUUUUUUUUAUUUGACCACAAUGCAGCGGCAAUAUAUACAAAAUAUCUACGUAUUACAACAGUGCUUUUAACUUUACAAAAACAGUUAAUAAAAAAAACAUAGUUUUGAUAAGAUUGGCAUGCAAACUUACCGGUGGUACUAAAGUACAACAACAGAGAAGAGACUUCUUGCAAAGUGCCAUUGUACAAUUAAACUUAAAAAAAAACAAAAGCGAAAGGACGGCACCAUCCAGCAGAGAUGAUUGGCAAUGUGAUAGUUUUAAAGAAAAGGUGUGAAAAUAUGAAGAAAAAAAA